AGCACUCAGUCCUCACUGUGGCUCAAGCGUCUGCUGACUCCCAGAGCUGUGCUGUCACCGAGCAGGACAUCACUAUGGCUGCUAAAAAGUCUCCCGAGGAGCUCAAGAGCAUUUUUGAAAAAUAUGCAGCCAAAGAAGGUGACCCAGACCAGCUGUCGAAGGAGGAGCUGAAGCUGCUGGUCCAAGCAGAGUUCCCCAGUUUGCUCAAGGGUCCAAGCACCUUAGAUGACCUCUUCAAAGAAUUGGACAAGAAUGGUGAUGGAGAAGUCAGUUUUGAAGAAUUCCAAGUGUUUGUCAAAAAGCUAUCCCAUUAAAGAAGGGCAUGCAAAGCAGAAGGCCAGGACUCCAGCCUGUGUGGAAACCAUGGUGCCCUGGAAUGACUUCUUCACAACUGCAUGACCUGGCCCAGUUACUAGCAAUAAAGGACU